AUGGCCUCUACACUCAAAUCCCCCGCUGUGCCCCCGUCCAUCCUCGAUACAGAUCUCUACAAGUUGACGAUGCAGCAAGCGAUAUUGAUCAAGUUUCCCGCUGUGGAAGCAACUUAUCGCUUUACGAAUAGAAACAAGGCAACCAGGUUCUCUAGACAGUGUAUUGAGAGGUUUAGGAGUGCUGUAGCGAGGUUCUCGCUACUGGCGCUCACACCCGACGAGCGGGCCUGGUUGGACAAGACUUGCCCAUAUCUCACCAAGGAGUAUUUGGAUUACCUUGAGGCGUUUAGGUUUAAGCCUGAGCAGGUUGAUAUCGUGUUUGUGCCUGAGGAGGGCGAUGAAGGGUGGGGGCAGGUCAAGAUUGAGGCGACGGGUCCGUGGGUGGAGACCAUCCUAUGGGAAGUCCCUCUGAUGGCUUGUCUGAGCGAGACGUACUUUCAGAGUGUGGAUAGGGAUUGGGAGAUGGAUGGUCAGGAAGAAUUGGCCUAUCAGAAGGGAAGGAGACUCCUCGAAGCAGGGUGUUCCUUCAACGAAUUUGGAACGAGACGCAGGAGGUCGUUUAGGACCCAGGAGAUCGUACUGCGGGGCCUUGUGAAGGCGAGCAGGGAAGUGGGCCCCGAGAAGACGAAUGGAACCAGUGCGGCUGGGACGGAGAGGGGGACGAGUAUUGGACGCCUUCUUGGGACGAGUAAUGUCCAUUUGGCGAGGUUGCAAGGUCUGCAGCCAGUCGGUACGAUUGCCCAUGAAUGGUUUAUGGGGGUACGGUGCGGCUAUCACGGGGUAUGA